UCAUAACACCAAUUUUAUACAAAAACAAAUACAUUACAUUACAGAAAACACCAUCUGGAACUGUUAAUAAAAUGGCUGCAGUUUUAAAGAAGAGAGCCCUGGCAGAAUACAAUAAAUCAUUUCAGGAUGCUCCACCAUCGAAGAAGCUGCAUUUGGCAAAGAAGCCGUUAAUAGGUAGUUCUGCUGCUGCCUUUGUGGGUCUUCUAGAGAAAUGCAAGUCCAGCGAUGAAGCGUUGCAGUUUUUACUCAGAAUAUCCGACUGUCUUCAGUUCCAAGAGUCCGACGUAGAGGAAGCAAUAAAGAAGUUGUCAAAACAUUUUCAGUCGGAAGAAGAGUCUGUAGUCAGAGUAAAAAUACUAUGGCUUUUUUGUGACAUAGGCUUGGAGGUUCCCUGUGCAAACUUGAAUAACUUGAUAGAUGAAACCAUACAUUUAAUAAAAAACGAAACGUCACACAAGGUUAUCGGUCAAGGAAUAGCAACACUGACAAAACUUGCCAAGAAAUUGAGUGAUGAUAAAAUUUUAAUGAUGAGGCUAGUUGGUGUUGCUAAAGACAAUUUGAAAGAUACUAGCCAUCAGGUGAAAUGUAGGUGUCUACAGCUCAUCAGUGAAUUGUACCCUAUACAUCCGGACUCUGAUAGAACAUCUGAGAUGACAGCAGAGGCCGAAGCUAUUGUAAAACUUCUUGGAGAUUAUUCUAAUUCUGAGGAUGCCAGAGUGCGUUGUGAAGCAUUUCAAGCACUGUUAACACUUCAUCAAAGAGGACAGAUCUUAGGAUCUAAUUUGUACGAACAUGUUUGUGUUGCACUGUCCGAUGACUAUGAAAUAGUAAGAGAAGUUGCCCUAAAGUUGAUUUGGGUACUUGGUAAUAAAUACCCAGAAAAUGUAAUAACGUUACAAGAUGACGAGACCACAAUACGAAUGGUCGAUGACGCUUUUGUUCGCAUAUGUUCGGCUGUGAACGAUCUAUGCAUGCAAGUGCGAGCGCUCGCCUGCACGCUGCUUGGCACCACGCGCGCCGUCUCCGAUCGCUUCCUGUUGCAGACCCUCGAUAAACAACUAAUGAGUAACAUGAAGAAAAAGCGCACUGCGCACGAGCGCGGCGCGGAGCUGGUCCGCAGCGGCGCGUGGGCAAGCGGGCGGCGCUGGGCGGACGACGCGCCCGGCGCGCUGGUGCCGUCCGCCGCCGUGCAGCUGCUGCCGGGCGGGGCGGCCGGCGCCUUCGUGCACGGACUCGAGGACGAACUCAUGGAGGUGCGCACGGCAGCCGUCGAAGCAUUGUGUCAACUCUCACUAGAAAACCCGGUGUUCGCGACCACCUCCCUCGACUUUUUGGUGGACAUGUUCAAUGACGAGAUCGAGGAAGUGCGGCUGCGAGCCAUCGACGCUCUCACGAGGAUCUCACAUCAUAUCGUACUUAGAGAAGACCUACUGGAGACCAUACUAGGAGCCUUGGAGGAUUAUUCAAUGGACGUCAGGGAAGGUCUACACAGACUGCUGGGCUCGUGUACAGUCGCGUCCAAAACAUGCCUGGAGAUGUGCAUUGAUAAAAUUCUGGAGAAUCUCAAAAGAUAUCCACAGGAUAAGCGUUCGACAUUCCGUUGCGUGCAGCGGCUGGGCAGCUCGCACGCGACCCUGGUGCUGCCGCUGACCACGAGGCUGCUGGCCGUGCACCCUUUCUUCGACAUGCCUGAGCCGGAUGUUGAGGAUCCAGCUUAUAUGUGCGUUUUGAUCCUGGUGUUGAACGCGGCGCAGCACUGCACCACCAUGCUGCCGCUGUUCGAGGAGCACACCAUCAAGCAUUACACGUAUCUGCGGGACACCAUGCCUCAUCUCGUGCCGCAUCUACCCAUCGGCGAGCAGCAGUCAAGCGCGGAGAAGAUAGAGGCUGCGAUGGACGACAGCGCCGUGAGACGGUUCUUCGACUGCGUGCUGCAGCACAUCGACAACGGGACCCUCUCCACCGCCGUGAGGCUGAACAUGCUGCGCUCGGCCGAGGAACAACUUAACAAGUUGUCGGAGAUGGAGCCGGCGGUGUGCGGCGCGGCGCAGCGGACGGCGCUGUUCGCGCGCUGCGUGCGGGCGCUGCACGACGCGCUGCAGUGCGCCGCGCCGCCGCAGCACGCGCUGCGCUCCCUGCACGCAGACUGUCUCCGGCUUCAACAUCAGUUUAGCGGGAUGUCCGAACAGGACAAUGCGUGCGUUUGGCAGCUGGCGCUACGAGUGUGCGCCGCCCGCCUGUGCGCCGCCGUGCAGCAGAGCGCGGCUGGCAACACUAGCGGCGGGGUCGCUGCAGCUGGCAACACCGCCGCGCUGUCGGCCGUCGCAGCUCUCACGCACCACGCCGAAGUGUUGGACAGAAUGCUGGCUUCCGCAGGUGUAGAGCCGGAUCCGUUCACGAUAGCCGUGUUCCGUCAGCUGUCGAUGAACGCGGACAACAAGCCGGCCGCGCUGGCGAGGAGCAUCCACCCGCUCCUACUGUCCGCGCCGCUGCCGGUCAUACCCAAACCUAACCUUAAGAUCGUGAUGUGCAAAGCUAGCAUAGUGGAGCCGGCCGCCGACAACGACCUGGUGGUGCGGUUCAGCGCGGGGCUCGUGGCCGGCGUCGCGCUGGAGGCCGAGGUGACGCGCGUGCGCUGUGCGGACGCGCUGCGCGUGCGCGUGGCCUACCCGGACCGUCGGGUGCACGCGCUGCUGCCGCCCCGGGACCACCUCCGGCCGCUCGACCAUCACGACCAAAAUGAGGAUGGAACGCAAAACUUGCGUUUGCUGACUAAAGUUUUAAUUUCACAUGGAGUGUGGUCAGAACCAUGUGGAGUGGACAUUUCUAUAUGCCUAGCGGUCGAAGAAGGGGGUGGCAGAGAACCACCACAACUAGUAGAGCUUUGUAAACCAGUUAGAGUUACUGUAGCACCAAAGCCUAUCAAACGAGGAAUAUAAAUGAUUUUGAAAGAU